GAUUGUCCACUUCGAUUGUGUCACAUUUCUCGAUCGUUGGCUUUUAGAGUGAAUGGAGUGGCAAGGGUAACCUUAGACGGACUAGUGUGACUCACCUGCGAUGGGCUCGCUCACCCUGUACCUCAGUGUCUCAGGGUUGCUGCUUUUCGGCACGAUCACAUCCCUCUUUGCGAAGAUCGUUUACGAGCUAGAGGGACCUGAUCUGGAUGGAGCCGCAAAGCUCUUCAGGAAGCCAUGGGCGAUGGCAACAAACAUGUUCAUUGGCAUGAGCUUCUGCAUCCCUUUGGCCUUCUUGGAGGAGCGCAGGCAAAAAGGCCGCUUAGCACGGGAGGCUGAUGGGGAUGCUUCAGCACCCCUUCUCAAUGGCGUAGAGAAGGAUGACACAAAACCGAAGUACCAGGUCUUCAUGCUGGCAAUACCCACUGUAUUCGACCUGAUUGCCACUGUGCUCAUGAAUAUUGGCCUUCUGAGCGUCACAGCCAGCGUGUACCAGAUGAUGCGUGGUGCAGAGAUGUUCUUUGCAGCAAUCUUCUCAGUACUCUUCCUGCAUCGGCGUCUGAACAAGUUCCACCUGUUGGGCAUCUUCUGCUGUGUGGUGGGCAUUGGGCUGGUGGGCAUGUCCAGUGUGCUGCAUGGAGGAGGCAGUACACAGGUGGAGAUCUCCCCAGAGCAGAUGCUACUGGGCAUGGGCCUCAUUGUAGCCUCUCAGGCAGUGCAAGCGGCGCAGCUCACAUUUGAGGAUUAUUUCAUGGCGGACCUGGCAGUGCCUCCCCUGCUCAUCGUUGGCUGGGAGGGCGUCUUUGGAACGGCCAUCAUGGUCUUCCUAAUGCUGCCCAUCGUCUACUUUCUGCCUGGCAUCGACGGCGAGGGACUGCAUGAAAACUCCAUCGAGACCCUCCAUAUGCUGUUCCACUCUGGGCCACUGCUCACAGUCAUCCUGGUGGACAUGGCAGCUCUACUUCUGUACAACUACGCAGGAAUGUGUGUGACUGGUGAGCUGGGAGCGGUGUUCCGGACAGUGCUGGAGACGAUGCGAACCAUGUUUGUGUGGCUGGUGGACCUGCUGCUCUUCUACACCCCUCUAGGCUUUGGCAAGCUGGGCGAGUCCUGGAGCGUCUACUCCUUCAUCCAGGCUGCAGGGUUUGCGGUGCUCGUGUGCGGCACGCUGGUGUACAGCAAGGGGGAUGUUAAGGAGGAGGAGGAAGAGGAGCAGCUGUUUGGCGGCGAUGCCCUGGAGCCGGCCGGUCCCCCCUCUCCGGCGCCCCAGUACAACGCCCUACCCACCCUUGUGCCCGGGAGGGAGGCCUCCACCCAGCCCAUCACCAUGCGCGGCACACCAUCCUCCUUGAAGAGCACCAUGAACAUCCAGUCCUUCUCCUACCAUCGCCAUGGAUCAGUCUCUGGCAGCGCUGUGGCUUCCUCACUGCAUGCACACGACGAUGUGUAGGCGCACAGCCCGCGCUCACAAAUCCUGCGCUGGGGUCCUUAGCGAUGGCUGCAAUGCCAGAAUAUAUUGUGGAGCGCAUUUGUGCAAGUCAGGCAGUAGUCUCUGCCUGCACGUGUGUUUGUGAGGGGUGAAAGGUUCAAGACUGGUCUGAGGAGAAUAGAGUGCUGGAGCAGUGUGCACUGCGAGUGUCCUAUGCAAAUGAUUUGAGAGUCGCUGCAUGCAGAAUGAGUAAUACAGGAUUUGCAACGCACAGCAGGCACCCAGUGAGGCCCUCGUGUCUCCUGGGCACUUGCUUCUGAGGCACAGAUGGCUUUUCUGUGUUGACGCUGUGGUGUGUGAAGCUAUACUGUAGGUAGAGGAUGGGCACUGUGGUCGACUGGUAUUUGCUAUUCUUUAGGAGGGCUUGAAGCUGUCUGUGUGGAGUGGCUGGGAUUCUCUUAAGUGACUGCUGUACACAUGUGUGACCCUGUCGAGUGAUCAUCUUGAGAUGCAGUAUCAUCACUGGCAUGCAGAGCUCAAAGAAUAACGUAGUGCAACUUGCAGUUGCUGCAGCUGCAGCAGAAGACUGUGAAUCGGAUUUGGUCACUGGUGGCUCUAAGGCGCCGCCUAGGCCUGCCGCCGCGGCAUGUGCCUCAUAAUAAUAAUAAUAAUAAUAA